CUUCAGCAGAGCAGGAGCAAUGGAUUGGAAGCCUCUCCUGUAUAAAUAGAGAGCUCCUUACAUUUGUAUUUGCGGACACUGCAUAGAGAGAGACACAGAGCAAGUCUAAACUCAGACAGUACCCCUGUGUUUCUCCUCCCCUGCUUCUUCUACAUUCAGGCUCCCUCUCCAUCAUUCACACAUUCUUCCCUCUUAUUGUUUAUAAUUUGUCGACCAUUGCACGAAAACAAGAAAGAGAUUAAAUGGGUACCACCAGAGCAUCAAUUUUCUCCUUCUCCUUCUUGUACGUUGUUGUAGCCAUUCUUGUACUGCCACUUGGUCUCGCCUCUGCCAACAAUGCUUCUUCUGUGAGCUUUGGUUACUCCGGGCCAAAUGGGCCUGCGAAAUGGGGGAGUUUGAGCCCAAAGUACCAGGCAUGUGGAUCUGGCAAAUCCCAGUCCCCUAUCGACAUUAGGAGGAAGGAGGCCGUGGAGGACAAGAAGCUGCAGAAACUGGAAGGGAAUUAUCGUUCCGUGGGAGCCUCUCUUAUCAACACCGGCCGCAAUGUCAUGGUUCAUUUUGAUGAUUCCCCUGGAGAAUUGGAGAUAGAGGGCAAAACCUACAGACUGAAGCAAAUGCAUUGGCAUUCUCCAUCGGAGCACACCAUUGAUGGCCAGCAGUACGCUUUGGAGCUUCACAUGGUUCACCAGGCAGACGAUGAGAGCUUCGCCGUGGCAGCAAUCCUCUACGAAUAUGGCCCCGAAGACAAAUUCCUGAAAAAGAUGAAAGACGGGCUGCAGGAGCUAGCAAAGGACAAGUACUCGGCGGACGAAGAAGCGCAAGUGCCGCUGAAGAAGAAAAUGAAGUGCAAGAUGCUGAAGAAGACUACUUCACACCACAAGUACUACAGAUACGUUGGCUCCAUCACUUCUCCGCCGUGCUCCGAGAACGUCAUCUGGUCCGUCCUCGCCCGCCCCAAGACGGUGUCCAGAGAGCAGGUGAAAGCCUUGACAGCACCAUUGCCAGAUGGAUUCAAGGUUAACGCGAGACCGGUCCAGCCCCUCAAUGGAAGGAAGGUUGAGCUCUUCAAGCAACACUCCCCUUGAUCGAUCCAACGGACAGGGGAAUGAAUGAAAGGAUGUAACUCUGUUGUUGGUUUUCAUCGCAUCAACCUCUCCUCUCGUUGUCGAGUGUGCGUGUGUGUGUGUCUUGAAUGAUUGAAUGAAUGUUGUGCGUGAAGUAAUACCGUAAAUGCAUAUAGUAGUGCUCUUUUGCACCCAUAGGUUAGAGAGGGAACUAGGCAGCCAAACAGACUGCCCUCUGCAGAUCAACAACAUUGCAUGAUGAUUUCCAUGUCUAAGGCCAAAAUUGUUAGCUACCUAGAUGACUCUUUUAUUAUGCAAUAAUAAUAAUAAACAAUAACUAGUUAUUGCGCACACGCUUUGCUACGGAU